GGGGAGCCAACAGCCAGGACGGGCUCUCCGGAGCAAGCACCGCCCACCCAAGCCCUGGGGGCGGGGCCCUCGGGGGCGGGGCCAGGGCCGAGGGCGGGGCAGGGAGGCAGCAUGCUUAACCGGGUGCGCUCCGCCGUGGCGCACCUGGUGAGUUCUGGGGGCGCUCCUCCUUCGAGCCCCAAAUCUCCGGACCAGCCCACCGCGACCUCGGCUCAGCCAGUCGUCACUUCGGAAGCAUCCAAGAGCCCUCCGGCGAAGGCUGGGAGCGGGAGCGGGAGCGCAGGCGGGAGCGGGGCGCCCACGAAGACUGGAGAGGCUCGAGCUAGCUUCUCCAGACCGACCUUUCUGCAGCUGAGCCCUGGGGGGCUGCGACGCGCAGAUGACCACGCGGGCCGGGCUGUGCAAAGCCCGCCGGAUACGGGCCGCCGCCUGCCCUGGAGCACGGGCUACGCCGAGGUCAUCAAUGCUGGCAAGAGCCGGCACAAUGAGGACCAGGCUUGUUGUGAAGUGGUGUACGUGGAAGGUCGGAGGAGUGUUUCCGGGGUGCCUAUGGAGCCUAGCCGAGGCCAGGGCCUCUGCUUCUACUACUGGGGCCUGUUUGAUGGGCAUGCAGGGGGUGGAGCUGCCGAAAUGGCCUCCAGGCUCCUGCAUCGCCAUAUCCGGGAGCAGCUAAAGGAUCUGGUAGAGAUACUUCAGGACCCCUCAUCACCCCCUCUCUGUCUCCCGUCCACCCCGGGAACCCCAGGUUCCUCUGAUCCUUCUCACUUGGUUGGUCCUCAGUCCUGCUGGUCUUCACAGAAGGAAGUGACGCAUGAGAGCCUGGUAGUGGGGGCCAUUGAGAAUGCCUUUCAGCUCAUGGAUGAGCAGAUGGCCCGGGAGCGGCGUGGCCACCAAGUAGAGGGGGGCUGCUGUGCACUGGUUGUGGUCUACCUGCUAGGCAAGGUGUAUGUGGCCAAUGCAGGUGACAGCAGGGCCAUCAUUGUCCGGAAUGGUGAAAUCAUUCCAAUGUCCCGGGAGUUUACCCCGGAGACUGAGCGCCAGCGUCUUCAGCUGCUUGGCUUCCUGAAACCAGAGCUGCUGGGUGGUGAAUUCACCCACCUUGAGUUCCCCCGCAGAGUUCAGCCCAAGGAGCUGGGGCAGAGGAUGCUGUACCGGGACCAUAACAUGACUGGCUGGGCCUACAAAAAGAUCGAGCUGGAGGAUCUCAGAUUUCCUCUGGUCUGUGGGGAGGGCAAAAAGGCCCGGGUGAUGGCUACCAUUGGGGUGACCCGGGGCUUGGGAGACCACAACCUUAAGGUGUGCAGUUCCACCCUGCCCAUCAAGCCUUUCCUCUCCUGCUUCCCUGAGCGAGUUUAUGACUUGACUCAGUAUGAGCACUGCCCAGAUGAUGUGCUAGUCUUGGGAACAGAUGGCCUGUGGGAUGUCACCAAUGACUGUGAGGUAGCUGCCACUGUGGACAAAGUGCUGUCGGCCUAUGAGCCCAAUGACCCUAGCAGGUAUACAGCUCUGGCCCAAGCGCUGGUCCUGGGGGCCCGGGGCAUUCCCCGGGACCGUGGCUGGCGUCUCCCCAACAACAAGCUGGGUUCCGGGGAUGACAUCUCGGUCUUCGUCAUCCCCCUGGGAGGGCCAGGCAGUUACUCCUGAGUGGCUCAGCCUUAUCCCUCCAUCCCUACCCCAGCCUCUCCACAUUCACCCCACUCUCAGCCCAAAUUCUGAAGCUGUCAACCUGACCCUUCUUCAGUGGCAAUUUAACUGAAAAGGAGAUGUCGCUAGAUCCAGAAUUACAGCUGUUGGCAAAUAAACCAGAUGGAUAAA